AUGCUGAUUAAGUUCGUAGCCAAGGAUAAACAGUCUGCUAAGGCAAAAGAAAUCACCGAAAUCACCGAAAUCACCGAAACCACGUGGUCUGGCCUCUAUAGAUUCUCCAAGUCUGAGAUUGAGAAGGCCAUAAGUUCUGCCAAUGAAAGGAGCAGCCUCGGACAGGGAAGUGCAGGUCAAGUUUUCAAAGGAGUUCUACCCAGUGGACAAGCUGUUGCCAUCAAACACAUCUACAAGACCAAUUCACAUGAUUCGUUUACUCGGGAAGUUGAAGGACUGUCUAGGAUUCGACAUCCAAACCUAGUUUGUCUCUUUGGUUGCUGCGUUGAAGAUGGGGACAUGUACCUAGUAUAUGAGUUUUGUUCAGCUGGGAAUCUAGCUUAUAAUCUACAAAGAAAAGAUGAGGUUCUAACUUGGGAAAGAAGAGUUAAGAUCCUAAGAGACUGCGCUCUGGCACUGAGAUAUCUCCAUAACUAUAUAGAUGGUUGCAUUGUUCAUCGAGAUAUCAAGCUUACUAAUAUCCUUCUGACCGAUAACCUGGAACCAAAGCUCUCGGAUUUUGGUUUGGCUAAGAUGCUAGGGAUGGAAGAAAGUAAAGUGUUCACUGAUGUCCGGGGGACCAUAGGCUAUAUGGACCCCGAGUACAUGACCAACGCUAAGCUGACAGCUGCCAGUGACAUCUACAGUUUUGGAAUUGUUACUCUGCAACUUCUUUCAGGACAAAAGGUCAUCGAUUUGGAUCUUGAUGCCAGAGACCAACUAACGAGAAAGGCAAAGGAUGUGAAUAUGGGGAAGCGUCCACUGAAGGAUUUUGAGGACCCGAGACUGAAGGGAGAAGUAGUCACUGAGGAUUUCCAGUCAAUAUUACAAGUUGCAGUACUUUGUGCUGCUAAAUCAAAUAAAGGGCGUCCGAGCAUCGAUCAAGUAUUUCAAGAGAUGGAUAGGGCUUGGAAAAACACAGUUGCUUACAUGAGGACAAAGGAAACGAUCACACAGGCCACAACAUCAUACUCCAAAUCCAUGGAGGAAUUUGUUUCAGUCUAACACAUGAUACAG